UUUUUCCACUUCCCCCAGUUCUCAAUUGCUUCACACCCUACAGUGGCAAGAAAGCAAAUUAUCAGUCAAAAAAGAAAAAAAAGGAAGAGGCGUAGCCUUUAAGAGUGUUGUAAAAGCUAAGUUGGGUGUUCUCAUUUUUACAGAAGGAACUGAUCAGAAGAAAAAGAACUCCACUUUUUCACAAACGGGAAGAUCACUGAGAGGAAGCCACAAGAGACUCCUUACAGUAUGUUUCUAAAUUCUUUGCUGAUUUUGUUAAUAUGUUUCUCCUUUGGCCAGGAGAUGUCUCAUGAAUCCUUCUUUCUACUGUUGGGAGCUACUCUUCUGAUCCCCUCAACAGCACUUUCUCUUGAAUGCACAAAAUACAAUGUAAAAACAUGUCAGGAGUGUGUCACGUCUAGCCCUGGUUGUGCCUGGUGUAAGAAGCAGAAUUUCACAAAAGUGGGAGAACCAGAUUCUAUUCGUUGUGAUACCAAGCAGCAGCUCCUGUUGAGGGGAUGUGAAGAAGAAGAUAUUGUUUUUCCAAAAAGCUUUGCCAUCCCUGACCCCCCUCAUGGCCUGAGACAAAUCUACCCAGAGAAGGUGCAUCUGCAGCUAAGAAAAGAUCAGCCUGCGAUUUUUAAUGUGACGUUCCGCCGUGGUGAGGAUUAUCCCAUAGAUCUCUACUAUUUAAUGGACCUUUCAUACUCUAUGGGAGAUGAUCUACAAAAUGUGAAGAAGCUAGGAGGAGAUCUGCUUAAAGCUCUCAACAAGAUUACCAAACAGGCUCGGAUUGGAUUUGGUGCCUUUGUGGAUAAGACUGUCCUCCCCUUCGUCAACACACACCCAGAGAAGCUGAAGAAUCCCUGUCCAAACAAAGAAACAAAGUGCCAGCCACCCUUUGCUUUUAGACAUGUGCUCAGUCUCACAAAUGAUGUCGAGAGAUUUGAAACAGAAGUAGGGAAGCAGGAUAUAUCUGGCAAUCUUGAUGCGCCAGAGGGAGGACUUGAUGCAAUGAUGCAAGCUGCUGUCUGUGGAAAUAAGAUUGGCUGGAGUAAUGUGACCCGUCUGUUGGUAUAUGCUACAGAUGAUGGUUUCCAUUUUGCUGGUGAUGGUAAGCUUGGAGCCAUCUUAACACCUUAUGAUGGGAAAUGCUACCUUGAAGAAAAUAUGUAUAAACGAAGCAAUGAAUAUGAUUAUCCAUCUGUUGGUCAGUUGGUUCAAAAACUUAAAGAAAAUAAUAUCCAGCCCAUUUUUGCGGUUACCAGUAAAAUGGUUGAUACAUAUAAAAAACUCAGUGAGAUGAUUCCAAAGUCUGCUGUAGGAGAACUCCAAGGAGACUCAAAUAAUAUCAUCCAACUUAUCCAGGAUGCUUACAAUAAUUUGUCUUCCAAAAUUAUUUUGGACCAUGGUCCUUUGCCAAGCUUUAUCAAAAUCACAUAUGAUUCCUUCUGCCCUAUGAAUAUGCACAAUAAGAAUAAGCCAAGAGGAGAAUGUGACAACGUGAAGAAAAAUGAUGAGAUUACAUUCCAAGUGAAAAUUACAGCAACGGAGUGCAUUGAAAACCAGACUCUUACUAUCCAGCCUCUUGGUUUCACGGAUUCCCUCACUGUGUAUAUGCGCAGUCGGUGCAAUUGUGAAUGUGAUGAAAAAAUAUCAAGCAGUUCUGACUGUAGUGGACAAGGAAAACUAGACUGUGGUAUCUGCAGAUGCUUUACAGGCUUUAUUGGAAAAAACUGUGAUUGUAAAACAGGAGGCAAAUCUAGCAAGGAACUGGAAAAGAGCUGCCGAAAAGACAAUGCCUCAGUUAUCUGCUCUGGUCAAGGGGACUGUGUGUGUGGACAGUGUGUUUGCCACACCAGUGAUGAUCCCAAGAAGCAUAUUUAUGGUACCUUCUGUGACUGUGACAAUAUGAAUUGUGAACUUCACAAUGGUCAGCUAUGUGGAGGGGAAGCACAAGGUCGUUGUGAUUGUGGAAAAUGUAAAUGUAAACCUGGCUUUGAUGGCAGUGCUUGCCAAUGCAAGUCUUCAACAGAUAAUUGUCUGAAUGACAAUGGAAAUGUAUGCAGUCUCCGUGGGAAAUGCCAGUGCAACACUUGCCACUGUAACUCAGGCUACCAGCCACCAUUAUGUGUGGAAUGCCCAAGCUGCCCAUCUCCCUGCAGCAGAUACAUUUCCUGUGUUGAGUGUCGUGCCUUUGGGAGUGGCGCAUUUCAGAAGAAUUGUUCACAAGCUUGUUCAAACAUUAAUCUGGACAAUAAUGCUAGACCCAAAAGUAACGUGGUAACUCAUAUUAAAUCAUGCAAGGAGAAGGAUUCCCAAAAUUGCUGGAUUUCCUACACUAUGGUUCCAAUGGAUGGAGAAGAAAAGUAUUUUGUUGAAGUCAAUCCUAAGAAAGAGUGUCCAGAGCCCCCCAAUGUUGCAGCCAUUGUUGGUGGCACAAUUGCUGGCGUAGCUCUAAUUGGGCUUCUUCUCCUUCUGAUUUGGCGACUAGUAACAGAGCUGAUUGAUCGCAGGGAAUAUCACAGAUUUGAGAAGGAAAAGUCCAAGGCAAAGUGGAAUGAUGCUGAUAAUCCUCUUUUCAAGAGUGCCACCACCACUGUUGUGAACCCCAGAUUUAAUGGUCAGUGAAGUGGAACAACAGCAAUAUUAAAAAGCAUAAAGAAACUUUUCAGCAAAGAAAGAGAAGAUGAAGAUAUAAAUUUUAUUGCCCACAAUGCCUCUAUUAUCAUUGUUAUAUCAUGUACUUACAGGAAACUUUUAUGUAGUUUUUAUACACUGUAGUUUUAUACAUUGAUUUUUAAAAAAAUAGACUUAGGUGCUAGAUUGCAUAAUCACACACCCUGUGGAAUUAUCCUAACUUGCAUUUCUAGUUUUUAUACUGAUAGCUGAGUCUGCAUUGCUUCUUUAUCUCCUGUUAAAGAAUUCAGCACCUAUAAUCUAAAUUAUUUAAGCAUGUAUGGAGAAAAUGAUUUGUGAGCAUAAUAACUAACCUGUACGUAGAGUAAAUUUAUGGGUUUAUUUUAAAGAACCAUUUCACUGUUGAAUACCCAUUCACUUUUAAUAACGUGCAUUCACAUGUCAGAAAAGGUUUAUAAAUUUCUUAAUUUGAAAUAUGCUAUAAAAACCACAGCGGAGGGGACACAGUAGGGACAAACGUUUAUCAUAAACAUUUUGAGCAGCAGCUCUUACUGCUUCUUUUCUGAAAAAACCCUUAAGAGCUGUUGCCCCUCUCCAACUCCUCUGUCCAAUAUCCAUUGUGCACAAGGAUGCUGGGAGGUCAGUUCUGCUGAGGAUUUUAUUCCUGUCUACGCUGCCCAGUGAAUGCUAAGAUAGGGGAGGAAUUAGAACUCAAAGCUUCCUAAUUCAAAUCUAACACAAGACACUAUUAUGGACAGAUAUUAUUGAACGUCUGAACUGUUUCCAUUGAAAGAUACUGUGUCUAACAUUAUGGCAGUUAAUCUGAAAGUUAUUUUUAUAAGGUUUUGUCAGGAAUACUCUUCCUUAAAGGAGUUUUCCACUAAGUAAAGGAGCCAGCUUCAGCUACCAUGUUCCGUCACUCUUUGAACUGGCUGGUGAAAUCAUGGAUAGGUAGUUAUGGGCAGGCUUCUAAACCUAGAUUUCCACCUAUCCCCUUAUUUUGAGACAGAAUUUCCUAUAGCUGUGUACUUUGAGACCUGCACAACAGCCAGAGCAGGCAGGACACCCAAAUAACAAAAGUUACCAGCACAGCUCCAUGGCUAAGGCACUUUCUUUAGGCACUUCACCCUUGUACCCCAGAAGACUUACACUUGAAUAAAUUAUCAAAAAAAUUAUUAUCAAAAUAUAAACUAUGCAAAAGGAAGUAAAUUGUACUAUUACAAUGCAAAGCAUGCUCUAAAAGCGGGUACAGUGUUAGUGAACCCCAAUAAAAGAAUAAAUGCUGUCUAGCUUUACCUAAUUACUAUUCUAAGUAAUCAUGACUACUUGUCUCUGUCAAUCACCCUAAACAGACCAAAGGAUCUGUUUUAAAUCACUCUUUUUUAAAUCACUGGACAAAGAUACUUCAAGUUGAUUGAGACUCAAAACUUUGAUCAAAUUCCAACACGUUCAGAAAUACAUAUGAUUAUAUUCCCAUGUUUUGCAUGUCCUUUAACAGUCACAAAACAGAGUAAUUGUGUAGACCAUCUAACUAAUGUGACGUGUCCACCAAUUCCAUAGGAAGCCAGAAGAUGACAUAAUGCCCCUGGUCCACAGAAAAUGUCUCAUUAGCAAUGUACAUAAUAUUUCAACCCUUAAACACUUGGAAGAUCUUAUGUCAAACAGUACUUUCUGUAUUUUAUGAUUCUUUAAUAGUUCUGUCGAAUACUUCCAAAAAUCUACAGUUAUUUCCACAGGUUCUCCACACAGAAGUUUAUUUUUUGCUUUAUGCCAUUUCUGAGCAGAAAGAUAACUGUCGAAGCUGUUGCUGCCACAGUAAGGGAAAGGGCUGUAUUUAGUACCUGCAAGAAGAAAUCCAGUUUGAGUCUAGAUAGGAUAGGAUAAAAAUAGGAUAAAAAUAGAAUACACAUUGAACAUACACAGAGUCUCUAACUUUCCAACUCAAGUAUCUGCUUAAGACAGCAUCCCUCUGUAAAGGGUUGUUUUUUCUAUAUGAGUGGUCUAAGGACUAUAACAAUAAACUGAACUGCAUCACA